GCGGGGGCAGGGCCGGGCAGGGCCGGGCCGAGCCGGGCGGGGGGCGCGCCCACAGCCCCGCCCCGCGCCGCCCCGCACCGCCCCGCAGCGCGCCGGCAGCGGGAUGUGAGCCCGGGCUCCGGCAGCGCCCGCCGCCCCGCGCCCCGGGAAGAUGCUGAGCAGGUGGAUGAGUGGCAGCAGCAGGAACCUGGACCGCGAGUACAACUGCACCGUGCGGCUGCUGGACGACAGCGAGUACACCUGCACCAUCCAGAGAGAUGCCAAGGGCCAGUACCUGUUCGACCUUCUGUGCCACCACCUGAACCUGCUGGAGAAGGAUUACUUCGGCAUCCGCUUCGUGGACCCCGACAAGCAAAGGCACUGGCUGGAGUUUACCAAGUCUGUGGUGAAGCAGAUGCGGGCCCAGCCCCCCUUCACCAUGUGCUUCCGUGUCAAGUUCUACCCCACGGACCCCGCGGCGCUGAAGGAGGAGAUCACCAGGUACUUGGUGUUCCUGCAGAUCAAGAGGGAUCUGUACCACGGGCGGCUGCUGUGCAAGACGUCGGACGCCGCGCUGCUGGCUGCCUACAUCCUGCAGGCCGAGAUCGGGGACUACGACCCGGGGAAGCACCCAGAGGGCUACAGCUCCAAGUUCCAGUUCUUCCCCAAGCACUCGGAGAAGCUGGAGAGGAAAAUCGCCGAGAUCCACAAGUCAGAGCUGAGUGGGCAGACACCAGCUACUUCAGAGCUGAAUUUCCUCAGGAAAGCCCAGACUCUGGAGACCUACGGGGUUGACCCACACCCGUGCAAGGACGUGUCCGGCAACGCGGCCUUCCUGGCCUUCACCCCCUUCGGCUUCGUCGUCCUGCAGGGCAACAAGAGGGUUCACUUCAUCAAGUGGAACGAGGUGACCAAGAUGAAAUUCGAAGGGAAGACUUUCUACCUGUACGUAAGUCAGAAGGAGGAGAAGAAAAUCGUUCUCACCUAUUUUGCCCCGACGCCGGAAGCCUGCAAACACCUCUGGAAGUGUGGGAUCGAGAACCAGGCGUUCUACAAGUUGGAGAAGUCGAGCCAGGUGCGGACAGUGUCCAGCAGCAACCUGUUCUUCAAGGGAAGCCGCUUCCGCUACAGCGGCCGCGUCGCCAAGGAGGUGAUGGAGUCCAGCGCCAAGAUCAAGAGGGAGCCCCCCGAGAUUCACCGGGCCGGGCUGGUGCCCAGCCGGAGCUGCCCCUCCAUCACGCACGGCCCCCGGCUGAGCAGCGUGCCCCGCACCCGGCGGAGAGCCGUCCACAUCUCCAUCAUGGAAGGCCUGGAGUCGCUCCGUGACAGCGCCCACUCGACCCCGGUGCGCUCGGCUUCCCACGGCGACGCCUUCGCGGGCCCCGGCCGGAGCGGCCGCGCCGAGAGCAGCGAGCGGGUGGCCGUGAUCGCCGACGAGAGCUACAGCCCCGCCGACAGCGUGCUGCCCACGCCCGUGGCCGAGCACAGCCUGGAGCUGAUGCUGCUGUCGCGCCAGGCCAACGGGGCCCCGUGCAGCAUCGAGGAGGAGAAGGAGUCGGAGGCCGGCACGCCGGCGGCGGAGGCGGAGGGCGAGCUGCGGGCGCUGUGCCCGGGCACCGGCGGCCUGGGGCCGGCACAGGCCCAACAGGUGAAUAAGUUUCUUUUAAGUGUCCUCCGUUUGCUCCUUGUGACAGUUGGACUCCUCUUUGUUUUGCUCCUCCUCCUGAUCGUCCUUACCGAGUCCGACCUUGACACUGCCUUUUUCCGCGAUAUCCGCCAGACCCCAGAGUUCGAGCAGUUCCAUUACCAAUACUUUUGUCCCCUCAGGCGAUGGUUUGCCUGCAAGCUCCGCGCCGUGGUAAACCUGCUCAUUGACACCUGAAGGCAGGAGCCACCACGGGGGCCCGGACCUGCCGCCGUCACUCACUAACCCUCCCCUCCCGACCCAGAGCCCGGCCGGCCGAGGAGGCGGCUUUCCGGGAGGAAGAGGAGGGUGGGCGCAGCCCCCGGAGCCCCCUCCUCCCCGUGCUCCCACCCCCGGAGCCCGCACAACACCUCCCGCCCGAUCCCAUGCUCACGACUUGGGAAGCACCGAGCAGAGGGGAAUUCUUUGCUCUGCCACCCCGGCCGGGGCUGGCGGGGCCGUUCGGCAGGAGCUUUAGCAAUGGUGCUACUGAGGUUUCAUUUAACACUCGUGUACUGUUACGGUAUUAACUCCGCACUGUGCCCGCCACCCCCGCCCUCCACGAACCGCUUGGCAGAGCCCUCCCUGCUCCCCGGAGCCUCCCAGGAGGUGACACCGGCGCCACGCUCUCGGGGACGCCGCGGUGCCCUCCUCCCCGCAGCGCAGCCACCCGGAGCCCUCGCCCUGCCGCGGACUCGGCCCUUCGCCGCUUUUUGAAGCCUUGAAGCAUCGGUGCUCCCGAGGCCAGGGGAGCACGGAAGCCAGGGGACGCCGGGCACGCGCGGCCAAGCCUGGCGCGGAGCUGGAGUGACUGUGUCAGAUUUAUUGGGAUGACCUUCACCCUCCGCCAGUUGUACCCGUUUUGUAAAAAAAAAAAACAAGCAAAAAGAACAAAAAAAAAAAA